GGAGAGGGGGAAGCAGUCUUUUGAAAGGAAAACGUUAUCUAUUUUGGAAAGAUUUCAAGGCUCUGUUCUCUUAGGUAAUCCCUGUUUAUCCUCAGACUGGAGUAGAUCUUGGAAGACUUAGGGUAUUGGUUGGGCUCUGGCUUUGGAUGCCAUUCGAAUCCCGGUGAUAUUACCUAGCUGUACAAUCGGAAGUAAAGUCACGUUACCUCGGUGUAACUCGGUUCUUUUAUAACACUAGAGAUAAUUUUAGUAACUUCUCACAGAGUUUGGUGAGGUUUAAAUGAGGCCGAGUUAAUCAUCGUGUUUUCCAGGUAAGUUAGGAGGGAGCAUUAAGUUAGUGCCCCUUAACCCUGAGAUUAAUAAUAACAAGAAUAAUGACGCUGACGAUAGUGAACUCUACCUCUGAAGGGUUAACGUCGCUGUGAUCCCAGGAGCCGAGGGGGCGGUGGGGGAAGGGUCGGGGCUCUGGCGGAGCGCGAAGGCCCCUCCCUCCUUGCCGGCGCCCUUCCACUGCGCAUGCGUUACGCUGGUGGGUCCUGUGUUUUGACGCGCCGGCGGCCGCGGGGUGGGUUUUGCUUCUACCGACGCCCCCAAGCUGCCAUUGGUGAUGAACGCUUUACGUCACAGGGGUCGCAACAGCCGCCGGGGUCUCCGCUGUCUCGCGAGGAGGGUGAAGCGCCCCCGCCUGCUCCGGCUCCUGAGGGCCGGCGGAGAAGUCGCCGGGUACGGCUUCGCGGAUCCUGCCGUCACCGACCUAGCUUCCUGGGCCGCCGGGAGCUUGUCACGAGCGCCUCAGCUUGGCCUGCACCGGCAUCCUCCGAGAUAAUGGCAUCAGCCGCUAAGGAAUUUAAAAUGGACAACUUUUCACCUAAAGCUGGCACUAGCAAAUUGCAACAGACAGUACCAGCUGAUGCAUCUCCUGAUUCUAAGUGUCCUAUAUGCUUGGAUAGGUUUGAUAACGUGUCUUACUUAGAUCGCUGUUUACACAAGUUCUGUUUUCGCUGUGUACAGGAGUGGUCUAAAAACAAAGCUGAAUGUCCACUAUGUAAACAGCCUUUUGAUUCUAUUUUCCAUUCUGUGAGAGCUGAAGAUGACUUCAAGGAGUACGUCCUAAGGCCUUCAUAUAAUGGUACUUUUGCCACACCUGAUGUUCGACGAUUCCGCUAUCGUACAACUAUGACCAGAGACCGAAGUGCUUCUGUUUAUUCACCCAGUAGUACCAUGAAUAGAAGAACAACAACUCCACCAGAUAGCGGGGUACUAUUUGAAGGAUUAGGUAUUUCAACAAGACCUAGAGAUGGUGAAAUUCCUCAAUUUAUGAGACAGCUUCCAAGAAGGCCAACUACUGCAGAUGAAAGAUCUUUGCGGAAAAUUCAAGAACAGGAUAUUAUUAAUUUUAGGCGAACCCUCUAUCGUGCUGGUGCUCGCGUUAGAAACAUUGAAGAUGGUGGUCGCUACAGGGAUAUUUCAGCUGAAUUUUUCCGUAGAAAUCCAGCUUGUCUUCACAGAUUAGUCCCUUGGUUAAAACGUGAACUUACAGUUCUUUUUGGAGCUCAUGGAUCUUUAGUGAAUAUAGUGCAGCACAUCAUCAUGAGUAAUGUUACUCGAUAUGACUUGGAGAGUCAGGCAUUUGUGUCUGACUUAAGGCCAUUUUUACUUAAUCGGACUGAGCAUUUUAUACAUGAAUUUAUCAGUUUUGCUCGAUCUCCUUUUAACAUGGCAGCCUUUGAUCAGCAUGCUAAUUAUGAUUGCCCUGCUCCUUCCUAUGAAGAAGGUAGCCAUUCUGAUUCUUCAGUCAUAACAAUAUCUCCAGAUGAAGCUGAGACCCAAGAGCUGGAUAUUAAUGUAGCCACUGUUAGUCAGGCACCAUGGGAUGAUGAAACUCCAGGGCCAUCUUACUCAAGCUCAGAGCAGGUACACGCUGCCAUGUCUUCCCUUAUAAAUACUUCUGACAGUUCAGAUGAAGAACUUGUAACCGGAAGAGCCACGUCUCAGAUACAAGGAGUACAAACCAAUGAGGACCUAAAUAAUGACAGUGACUCUUCUUCAGAUAAUUGUGUCAUUGUUGGGUUUGUUAAACCACUAGCUGAGAGGACCCCAGAACUUGUUGAACUGUCCUCCGAUUCUGAGGAAUUAGGUUCUUAUGAGAAAAUGGAGACAGUGAAGACACAAGAACAAGAGCAGUCUUACAGCUCUGGUGAUAGUGAUGUUAGUAGAUGUUCAUCUCCACGCUCUGUCCUUGGAAAGGAUGAGCAAGUAAACAAAGAUCAUUGUGAUUCUGGUACAAGAAUCAAAUCAAAGAAGGAAGAGAAACGAUCUACAUCAUUGUCCUCUUCCAGAGACCUGAGCUCAUCUAUCAGAGGAGACAGAGUAUAUUCCCCAUAUAACCGUAGACACAGAAGGAGGGGAAGAUCAAGAAGUUCUGAUUCACGUUCCCAGAGUAGAAGUGGGCAUGAUCAGAAGAAUCGUAGGAAGCAUCAUGGGAAGAAAAGAAUGAAAAGAAAACGAUCCAGAAGCAGGGAGAGUAGCAGACCUAGAGGUAGAAGAGACAAAAAAAGAUCAAGAACUAGGGACAGCAGUUGGUCGAGGAGAAGCCAAACUCUGUCUCUAAGUAGUGAAAGCACAAGCAGAUCGAGAUCUCGUAGCAGUGAUCAUGGUAAAAGAAGAUCACGGAGCAGAACUAGAGAUCGUUAUUAUUUAAGAAAUAAUUAUGGAAGAUAUAAGUGGGAGUAUACUUACUAUAGUAGAAACAAGGAUAGGGAUGGCUACGAAUCAUCUUACAGGAGGAGGACUCUAUCCAGAGCUCAUUAUUCCAGACAAUCUUCAAGUCCAGAAUUUAGAAUUCAAUCCUUUUCUGAAAGAACAAAUGCUAGGAAAAAAAAUAAUCAUAGUGAAAGGAAGUAUUAUUACUAUGAAAGGCACAGAUCAAGGAGCCUAUCCAGUAACAGAUCGAAGACUGCAUCUACAGGGCCUGACCGGGUGAGAAAUGAAAAGCCUGGAGGAAAACGAAAAUACAAAACACGGCAUUUGGAGGGUACAAGCGAAAUGGCUCAACCAUCUCGUGAAUUUGCUUCUAAAGUAAAGGAAGGUCAUUACCAAAAAUCUUCAUCAAAAUUGGAUGGCAACUACAAAAAUGAGACUGACAGCUUUUCAGAUAGCCGAUCAUCAGACAGAGAGACAAAACACAAGAGGAGAAAAAGGAGGGCCCGGAGCCUAAGUGUAGAGAUAGUUUAUGAAGGGAAAGCUACGGAUACAACUAGACAUCAUAAAAAGAAAAAGAAGAAACAUAAGAAGAAGCAUAAGAAACACCAUGGAGAUAAUGCUUCACGUUCCCCAGUUGUAAUUACCAUUGACAGUGAUAGUGACAAGGAUUCUGAAGUAAAGGAGGGUACCGAAUGUGACAAUAGUGGUCCUCAAGACCAUCUACAUAGUGAGUUUUUGGCUCCUUUGGAAACAUUUGAAACUGAAGAUAUAGUUACAAUAGAAGAUGAAUUUGGUGUCCUGGACAAAGAGUGUGAUAUUACCACACUUAAUAACAACUUAAAUAAUGCUCACAAAACUGUAGAUAAUAUUCCACUCCAGGCAGCUUCAGUUGAACAAAUUCUUGAUGUAAGAGAAGAGAGCACCUUUGCUUCUGAUUUGGAGAACCAGCCCAGUAAUGUCUGUAUUCAAACUGAGCCAUCAAGGCCAUUGCCAUCUCCACAGACAUCAUUACUGUCAGUGUCUCUUGGUAGAGACCAUGAUAUGUCUUAAAACUGCCAAAGCAUCUUCACAGAGAAUUCUGAUGGUAUAAAAAGGAAUAAAAGGAACAACGUCAUCUACUGCAGUCUAUUUAAAGAUGACUUCUGGUGAAAACUCUUUUCCCCCUUAAAAAUAUUUUAAGUGAUUUUUUUUGUGUGUUCCAAAUUUGUAAAAAUUAUUUGUUGAAAAAGUAUGUAUGUCCCACCCUCAGAGAUAUGCACUUUUAAGUGAAAAAAAUGAUAUUGCUAGCAGUUUAUUUAAAAUUUGGGAUCCUUUUUAAAUAAAAACUGUAAAUUUUAGAAGUUAUUUCAUAAAGCCAUAUGGUAUUGACAUAUUUUUAAAGUAGUCAAGGAGUAUUUUUGAAUUCUUUUUUUUGAGAGUUAUUCUGGAAAUACGUUAUAAACUAGGAGAAUCCCUUUGGACAGUCUUUAUUUUUCUUCUUAAAAAUUUGUAUGAUUCAAAACCAUUUCUUCAGGUUAAAUUGAGGCAUUUUAAUUUGCACAGUUUAUCUUGAUGUCUGCCAAAAGAAAAAUUUAAAUAUUUCCUUUAUAUACUUGUUGUCUGGACUGCCAGUAAAACAAAUGUGUAUUCAACAAAAGAAAAAAUAAAACAGUAACAUCUUAAAACAAGAAUCCAGAAAUUUUCCUAUGCAGUAUUGAUAUAUUUUUAAAUGAGUUAUUUUAGUGAAAAUAAGGAUAUACUUGUGUCAUAAAAAUUAACUUCAGGUGAGCUGCAUUUAACUUCACAGUUUUAAUGAUUAGUUCUUUAAUCUGAUUAUGAAGAAUAUAUUAGUUGCUUUCUAUAUUCAGAAAAAUUAGUUAUGUAGCAUUUAGCUAACUUAAAUACAAAUGAAAACCCCUUGCCA